UGAAGUUAAUUUUAAAAAUGCACAAGGCCGUUAUAUAGGGGCGAAAGCCCUAAAAUCAAGAACAAGAAAGUUUACAAGUCUUAAUAUGGAUGAAAUCCAGGGAAAACGCACAAAGACCCACAAUACUAGCUCAACUACCUCAAUGGAAUUAGAAAAAGAACAGGAAAAGCAAGUAGAAACCUCUAAUAACACGUCUGUAGAUUGGUCAGAAGACGUGGACCUAGAAUUCUCUGUGGGAGAGGACCCAACAGACACAGGCUCAAGCUCCUCUGAAGAAAGGGAAAAUUCACCGGGAAAUAUGAAGGAACAUUCUGGAAAAACUGCGGAGAAUGAUGAUGUGAUGAACGUGAUCAUGCAGAAUGAUUAUCUGAACCCGAAUUUGGGUAACAAUGCAAUAAAUUCGAGGAUUAAAUCAUCUGAAGGCC